AUGCGAGCUGUGCUUCAGCCGCAGAACGCGCCUCUUCAGCCAAGUCAAUCAGCAGCAUACAUCAACACUCCGUCGAGGCAACAGGAGCCCCAGUACGCAGAUCCGCAAGAGUGCCUGAAAGCGCCCGCCGCCAAGCUACAACCUGGUGAAACGGAUGCAGCAGCAGACCAAGUUACCGAAUCCACAGAUGAUGGAGACGACGUCACAGAGGACACCACAGAUCCUCCCAUAAACACGUCAAGUGAGGAUGCAAGGGUAGCCGAACUCAUCAAGCUCCAGGAAGAGAUUGAAGAGCUCGAGACCGCCAUCGACGGCCUCGGUGACUAUUACCGUAUCGUGGAUCGGCUUGGCGAAGGCACCUUCUCAUCCGUCUACAAGGCCAUCGACCUCCAACAUUUUGCCUUUGACAAUGAUGAGUGGGUUUCGCGCGGACCGCUUGAUCCUUUGCGCAAAGGUGUUUGUCAUGUCGCCCUCAAGAAGAUCUACGUCACUUCGAGCCCGCAGCGCAUCUUGAACGAGCUCUCCAUCCUGGAAGACCUGCGUCCAGCCGAGUACGUCUCGUACCUCAUCACCGCCUUUCGCUCCGAGGACCAGAUCGUCGCCGUCAUGCCCUACAGUCGACACCGUGACUUUCGCGACUACUUCAAAGAGAUGCCGCUUGGCGACUUCAAAUACUACUUUCGAUGCCUCUUUUCGGCGCUGCAGAGCGUCCACGAGGCCGAUAUCAUGCAUCGCGACAUCAAGCCCGCCAACUUUCUCUACGAUCCAACCACGGGCCACGGAACACUGUGCGAUUUUGGUCUGGCCGAACGCUUUGAGCCCUCCGAGUGGCGAGGAAAGUGUCACCACACAUGUCCCACAUCCGAGCAUCCACACGGCACCAAAGAGAUCAAUCGAGCCGUCGAUUCCAUCUGGUUCGAACCAGGAAAGCCGCUUUCAGGUCAAAUUGCGCCUUCGGAAAGCACAGCGUCAGCUUCCAACAGCCUUGCCAUUGCGUCAACAUCAGCUGCCACUUCUGCCAAUGCGGAUGCGCUCGCCUAUACCUCAAAGUCCGGCGUGAUGGAUCCACCUCCUGAACGUGUGGGCUACCUGGUCUACGAUGCUCGCCAGGGUGUACGCGCCAAUCGUGCCGGUACGAGAGGCUUUCGAGCUCCAGAAGUGCUCUUCAAAUGCCAAGAUCAGACGGUGGCUAUCGAUAUUUGGUCGGCUGGCGUCAUCCUGCUCACACUCCUGAUCCGACGAUUCCCUGUCUUCAACUCGAACGACGAUGCCGAAGCUCUACUCGAAAUUGCCGUCAUCUUUGGCAAGGCACGUAUGGAGACGUGUGCAAUGCUGCACAACCGCACGUUCCAUUGCAACGUCCCAAGUGUCAGCAACUCAGGCUCCCUCACCGAUUUCAUCUUUCGGCUGAACCCGGAUCUGCGAAAUCCAGGCAACCACCCUGAUCCAGAGCAAUACGCAAUCGACGUUGCGAAUGCGCUCGAUAUGGUCAAGUCGUGUCUACAUGUCGACUGUACCCGGCGCAAGACAGCGGCCGAGCUGCUGCAGCAUCCUUUCCUCCGCAUCGAUCCAGAAGAGGACGAAGCGAUGGAGCAAGAACUGCAUGACCAGUAUAAGGACUGGCACGCACAGGAUAUUGCUGACUACUACCAGCAGACGGGCGAUGAGCAAUACCACGAAGGUGAGGUUCCUGUCGAUCACACGUUUGACCGGGACGAGGAGGAUGGUGCAGACGAACAAGAGGAUGGGCAGAACGAAGAAGUGGUCCAACUGCAAAGUAGGCGCGGCAUGCAGGGCGAGGUAUCCGAGACUGGCGAGAAUGGGUCGCAUGUCGAAAUUGCCUCGCACCAGCAAUAG